GGCAGUCGGACCGAGACACUGGAGGUGGGUGGACUGCGCGCCCGUGCCGCCGAUUCUGUGUGAGUGCCACCGCCGCGAGCGCCAGUGUGAGUGUGAUUUUAGUGCAAAGGACACGGGGGAUGAGACACGAGGAGUCCAGGGCCGGCGAUGAAUAAUAAAUGAGUGCGCUGAGCUGGCAGAGUGACGCCGCGUGCUGCCAUGCUCGCCGCGCCGCCGGCGCUCCGGCGCGCCGCGCCCCUGCUGCUGGUCACACUGCUGGCGGCCGCCGCCGGCGCCGCUGCCGAGUACGUCAGCGAGUUUGACAUAGCCGAGGGCGUGCCGGUGGGCACCAAUGUGGGCUACAUCGGCCGGACUACAGACGGGCGCGCGCGGCCGCCCGAGCCGCCCUACCUGAUAGUGCCAGUGCCCGGCAGCGCUGUGGACGCUGACCUCAACAUAGACGAGAACACGGGUCUGGUGCGCACGCGCGUCGUGCUCGACCGCGAGGUGCGCAGCUCGUACUCGCUAGUGGCGAUCCCGCAGAGCGGCGAGAACAUCCGAGUGGUGAUCCGCGUCACGGACGAGAAUGACAACGCGCCCACGUUCCCCGUGGAAACGAUGGCGAUCGAGUUUCCCGAGAACACGCCGCGCGAUGUCAAACGGACGCUGUUCCCGGCGCGUGACCUCGACCUGGGCGUGUUCAACACGCAGCGAUACAACAUCGUCUCAGGUAACGUCAACGACGCGUUCCGUCUGUCGUCGCAUCGCGAGCGCGACGGCGUGCUCUACCUCGACUUGCAGAUCAACGGCUUCCUGGACCGCGAGACGACGGCCUUCUACAGUCUGGUGAUUGAGGCGCUGGACGGCGGCUCGCCGCCGCUGCGGGGCUCCAUGACGGUCAACAUCACCAUCCAGGACGUGAACGACAACCAGCCCAUCUUCAACCAGUCGCGCUACUUCGCCACCAUCCCGGAGAACGCCACCAUCGGCAGCUCGGUGCUGCAGGUGUUCGCCACAGACACGGACAGCGCCGCCAACGGGCGCGUCACCUACUCCAUCAACAGGAGGCAGAGCGACCACCAGAGCAACUUCAAGAUCGACCCGAACUCGGGCGUCAUCUCCGUGAACCGGCCGCUCGACUUCGAGUCGCGCCAGGUGCACGAGCUGGUGGUGGUGGCGCGCGACAACGGCGCUCAGCCGCUCGAGACCACCGCCUUCGUGUCCAUCCGGGUCUCGGAUGUUAACGACAACCUGCCCACCAUCAACCUGAUCUUCCUCAGUGAGGACGCGUCGCCGCGGAUUGCCGAGGACGCUCAGCCGGGCGAGUUCGUGGCUCGCAUCUCCGUCAACGACCCCGACACGAAGGAGGAGUACGACAACAUUAGCGUCAACGUCACCCUAUCCGGCGGCGACGGUCACUUCGGCCUGAAGACGCACGACAACAUCAUCUACCUGGUGAUCGUGUCUCGGCCGCUGGACCGCGAGCUGAAGCCCAACUACACGUUGACUGUCCGCGCCACGGACCAGGGCACGCCGCCUCUGGUGGCCACGCGCUCCUUCGACCUGCUGGUUACAGAUACCAACGACAACGCGCCGCGGUUCGAGAAGGCCGAGUACCACACGAGCGUGCUGGAGGUGGCCGACCCCGGCACCGAGGUGCUCCAGGUGACCGCGCUCGACAGCGACGAGGGCUCCAACUCGCGCGUGCACUACUCGCUGCUACCCGGCGAGGAGACGCACGCCGACUGGUUCGAGAUUGACGAGAACACGGGCCUGAUCACGACGCGGGCGCACAUUGACUGUGAGACGGAGCCGGAGCCGCGGGUCACCGUGCUGGCCACGGACGGCGGCUCGCCGCCGCUCUCGGCCACGGCCGCCGUGCGCGUCACCAUCGUCGACGUCAACGACAACGAGCCGGUGUUCGACCAGAGCUUCUACAACGUGUCCGUGGCCGAGGACCAGGCCGUCGGACACUGCAUACUCAAGGUCUCGGCCACCGAUCCGGACUGCGGCGUCAACGCGCAGGUCAACUACAGCAUCGGGCACGGCUUCAAGAAGCUGGACUCGUUCAGCAUCCGCGCCGACACGGGCGAGAUCUGCAUCUCAGCGCCGCUGGACCACGAGCGGCGCGCCAUCUACGAGUUCCCCGUGGUGGCCAGGGACAGAGGCGGUCUGAGCACCACGGCCAUGGUCAAGGUGCAGGUCGGAGACGUGAACGACAACGCUCCGGCCUUCUACCCGCGCCAGUACAACGUCAGUCUGCGCGAGACGCAGAGCCGCUCGGCGCCCGUGGUGGUCGUGGCCGCCACUGACGGCGACUCGGGCGCCAACGGCCGCGUCAGCUACGCCAUCGUGGGAGGCAACGAGCGCGGCCUGUUCCGGAUCGACCGAGAGACCGGCGAGGUGUUUGUGACGCGCGCCGUGACCAAGUCACAGACCGUCCACCACCUGCUGGUCGAGGCCACAGACGGCGGCGGCCUCAAGUCGCGCGUCAACGCCGAGAUCUCGCUGAGCGUCAUCGACACCCGCCAGCAGCCGCCCAUCUUCGACCGGGCGCGCUACUCGUACUCGGUGCGAGAGGACGUGCCCAGGGGGACGCUGGUGGGCGCGGUCAGCGCCACCUCCCGACAGUCCGGCGGCGCCGUGCGGUACAGCAUCUACUCGGGCGACCCGGACGGCGCGUUCGCCAUCGACCCGAAGACGGGCGAGAUCAGCACGGCCGCCCAGCUGGACCACGAGCAGCACAGCUCGGUGCUGCUGAACGUGCAGGCCACCUCCGGCCGGCCGCCCACCUUCGGACACACUCAGGUGAACGUCACUAUCGGCGACGUGAACGACUUCGCUCCCGAGUUUGACGCCGUCGAGGCGACGCUCUCGCUGCCGGAGAACACGGAACUCCGCACGGCCAUCUACUCGGCUCACGCGCGCGACCACGACUCUGGAGAGAACGGCCGCGUGCGGUACCGGCUGCUGCGGAACCCUGACGGCGUGUUCGGGAUCAGCGCCAGGGACGGCUCGCUCUCGCUGGUGAAGAAGGUGGACUACGAGCAGCGGCGGGCCUACCAGCUGGUGAUCGCCGCCACGGACACGGGCACGCCGCCGCUCUCCACCAACCUCACCCUGCACAUCGACGUGCAGGACUUCAACGACAACGAGCCGCAGUUCGAGCGCGACGAGUACCAGGUGUCAGUGAAGGAGAGUCUCGAGGUGAACACGCAGUUCCUGCAGCUGACCGCCACGGACGCCGACACGGGAAACAACGCCCGGCUCACCUACAGACUGGUGGAGCCGCCCGGCCGACUGUUCGGCAUCUUCCCAAACAGCGGCUGGCUGUACCUGAAGGGCGAGCUGGACCGGGAGACCACCGACCUGUACCGGCUCACCGUCGAGGUCACCGACAACGGCACGCCGUCGCGCAGCGCGCGCGCCAGAGCUCUGGUGCGCGUGCUCGACGUGAACGACCACUCGCCCGAGUUCAGCCAGACGACGUACGAGUUCGCCGUGACAGAGAACAUGCCAGCCGGCACGCCGGUCGGUUCUCUGGCGGCCACCGACCGCGACCUGGGCGCCAACGCGUCGCUGCGCUACACGCUCAACCCGACCAACGGCAGCUUCCAGGUGGACCCGCGCACAGGCGAGAUUAGCACAGCCGUCCGACUGGACCGCGAGCUCAUCAAGUUCUACGAGUUCACGGCGGACGUCUCUGACGAGGGCGAGCCGCCGCGCCGCUCCUCCACCGUGGUCAAGAUCCGCGUGCUGGACGACAACGACUCGAAGCCACAGUUCCUGGAGCCGCUGGACGGCGUCAUCACCGUGCGCGAGGAGCAGCAGGCCGGCUUCGAGGUGGUCCAGGUGCACGCCACGGACGCCGACGAGGGCGAGAACGCCACCGUCACCUACAGCUUCAGCCCAGGUGUGGACGACGAGAGUGACGGCGCGUUCACCAUCGACGCCGAGAGUGGCACCAUCUCCACAACCCGCGUGCUCGACCACGAGGAAAAGUCAGUGUACCGCCUGCUGGUGGUGGCACGUGACGGUGGCUCGCGGCCCAAGCAGGCCACCCACCCGCUCACCAUCAAGGUGCUGGAUUUGAACGACAACUCGCCGACGUUCACCACCUCCAGCCUGGCCUUCACCAUCAAAGAGAACUCACCCAUCGGCUUCCAGGUCGGUACUGUCAUAGCCAUUGACCGGGAUGCCGGCGAGAACGGCCGCGUCUCCUACACCAUCCUCAGCGGCAACCUCAACGACACGUUCGACAUCAACCGCUCGUCGGGCGCGCUCUUCACCACGCGAGAGGUCGACUACGAGAUGGCCACCGAGUACCUCCUGCAAAUCGAGGCGGUGGACGCCAGCGCCACCAACCCGCAGAACAGCAAGAUCACGGUGAAGAUCAGCGUCGAGGACCUGAACGACAACGCGCCGACGUUCAGCGAGGACCCGAUCCUGUUCUCUGUGGGCGAGGACACGGCGCCCGGCACGGCCGUGUGGAACUUCUCGGCCACAGACCGCGACAGCGGCCCGGCAGGCACCGUCAGGUACAGCAUCAGCCAGCAGUCACCGGAGCCCGUGUUCGCCAUCGACCAGUACACGGGCGCGCUCACCCUGCGCGAGGUCAUCGACUACGAGGUGCACGCCGAGUACACAAUCAUCGUCACCGCCACGGACCAGAGCGAGGACGAGCCGUCGCGCCUCUCCACCUCGGUCACAUCGCAGAUCAUCAUUGAGGACGUUAACGACCACGCGCCCGUGUUUGUCCGCGCCGCCGGGCAGAGCGUCACCGUGAGGGAGGACGAGCGCGUCGGAUACCCGGUGCUGCACGUCAUCGCUGUGGAUAAGGACUCGCGCGACAACGGCCGGGUGACCUACGAGGUCAGCGCUGGCGACCCGGACGGCGUGUUCAGCCUCGACCUGGAGACCGGUCUGCUCUCGAUCGGGAAGCCACUGGACCGCGAGUCUCGGAAGCGCUACACGCUGAACAUCACGGCGUCUGACCACGGCCAGCCGCCGCUGACGGCCUCGGCACUGGUCACCGUGCUGGUCGAGGACGUUAACGACAACCAGCCCAUCUUCAGCCGCACCGUGUACACGGCCAACGUCAGCGAGCGCGCGCCCGUGGGCACGUUCGUGGCGCGCGUCUCGGCCGCCGACAGAGACGAGGGCUCCAACGGCAACCCCACGUACCUGAUCCCGGCCGGGAUCGCUGACUCGGUGUUCGAGAUCGAGCCACGUACCGGUGAGAUCACCACCACCAAACCGCUGGACCGUGAGACGGCCGCCCGCUACCACGUCACCGUGUACGCGCGCGACGGCUCCUCGCCGGCCCAGUACGACGCCGCCACCGUCAUCGUGAACGUCAUCGACGAAAACGACCACUCGCCGGAGCUCAGGGGUUCGUGCUACCCACUGCGGAUUCCCGAGAACAGCGAGGAGUCCGUCAUCCACUACGUGGUGGCGUCGGACGCCGACACGGGUAUCAACGGAGAGAUCACCUACAGCAUCACAGACGGUAACGUCGGCAACAAGUUCUCGAUCGACGAGCGGACGGGGGCGCUGUCGGCGCGCCGGCUGGACCGCGAGACGCGCGGCUCGUACCGACUCGAGGUGACCGCCCAGGACCGCGGCUCGCCGUCGCGCCGAGACACGUGCACGCUGGAUGUGCGCGUGCAAGACGAAAACGACAACGACCCCGUGUUCCAGCACAACAGCUACGAGGCUCACGUGGCUGAGGACGCGCCGCUUGGCACUGCCGUGCUCACCGUGCGGGCCAUCGACGACGACCUGGGAGUGAACGGUCACAUCACGUACAGCCUCAAUAACGAGACCCAGUGGCGGUUCCGGAUCGACAACGACAGCGGCAAAAUCACCACCGCAGGCACGUUCAACCGGGAGCGCCAGUCGCGCUACACGUUCGAGGUGCAGGCCACGGACGGCGGCCGGUCAAACGCCCGCUCGCGGCGCGCCACUGUCACCGUCAUCAUCGACGACGCCAACGACCACGCGCCGGUGCUGACGCGGUACCCGUUCACGGCCGCCGUGUCGGCGCGCACUCCGCCCGGAACGACCGUGGUCAACGUGACGGCGGAGGACGAGGACCUGGGCGCCAACGGACAGGUCACAUACAGCUUCGCCAACCAGCCGGCCAACAGUCUGUUCGGGAUUGACCGGAUCACCGGCGAGGUGAAAACCACCGGCUCUCUGGGCACUGAGCAGGGCCGACUCUUCCACCUGGAGGUGGUGGCCCGGGACCGCGGCAGCCCGCCUCAGUCCUCGGCCGGCCUGGUGCAGAUCUACGUCGGCGAGGAUCGCGGCCAGACCACGCUGCGCUUCCAGAACAGCACCUACCGGGUCGGCAUCCAGGAGAACGCGCCCGCCGGCAGCGACGUCGUACAGGUGACAGCGGUGCGCAGCGACGGCCGUCGGCAGCGCGUCACCUACCGCUUCGGCGCCGGCAACGACGGCAGCACCUUCGAGAUCAACGCCAACAACGGGCUGAUUCGCGUGCGCGACCCGGCGGUGCUCGACUCGGAGCGACAGAGGACGCUGCGGCUGAUCGUGGUGGCGCAAACCGAGGGCACCACGCCGCUCUACGGGUACGCCGCCGUGUACGUGGAGCUGCUCGACCGGAACGACAAUAAGCCGCGCUUCACCCAGGAGGAGUACAUCAGCGCCGUCUGGGAGGGCAACAGCAAGGGCACCUUCGUCGUACAGGUCUCGGCCACGGACGCCGACACGGGCGCCAACGCCAACGUCGUCUACAGCAUCGUCGAGGGCAACCUGGACAACGCGUUCGUCAUGGAGUCGCCGUCGUCGGGCGUGGUGCGCACCAACAUCGUGCUGGACCGCGAGAUCCGCGACGAGUACCAGCUGACCAUCAUCGCCAGCGACCAGGGCCGGCCGCAGCGCGUCGGCCACUGCUCGCUGCACAUCCGCGUCAUCGACAUCAACGACAACCGGCCCACCUUCCCGCCCACCUCUGUCACCAACGUCAGCGAGGGCGCUCAGGUGGGCGCCGUCGUCACCACCGUCACCGCCAACGACGUCGACACCAGCCCGGCGCUGACCUACAGCUUCGCCGGCGGCGCCGCGCGCCAGGAGGCCUUCGCCAUCGACCGCUUCACCGGCCGGAUCACGCUCAUCGAGCCGCUCGACAGAGAGACCCAGGACCAGUACGUACUGAUGGUGACCGCCUCGGACACGGAGCACGUGGCCGAGACGAGCGUGCACAUCCACGUGGUGGACGAGAACGACCAGACGCCCGUGUUCUCCGAGACGUCGUACAGCGGCACGCUGCUGGAGCUCACCGGGCCCGGGCAGGAGGUGUUACAAGUGUCUGCCUCGGACGCGGACCUGGACGAUAACGCUCGGAUCACCUACUCCCUACUCACCCCCACCACCGACUUUUACGUGGAGCCCGCCACGGGCCGACUGUUUACCAACGCCACCGUGCGGUUCGACGCCGACCGGCCGACUCGGCAGCUGGUGAUCGGCGCGCGGGACGGCGGCCGGCCGGCGCUCACGGCCGCCGCCGCCGUCCGACUGCGUAUCGAGGACAUCAACAACCACGCGCCAGAGUUCGGCCGCUCCCUCUACAAGGCCAGUAUCGGCGAGGACGCCGUGCCGGGAGUGGUGAUCCUGACCGUGUCGGCCGACGACGUCGACCAGUCGCGGCACAACCGGAACAUCGACUACUCGUUCGCCAGCGGAAACGACGACGGCGUCUUUCAGAUCACCAGUAACACGGGCGAGAUAAUCCUGCUGCGCCCGCUGGACCGGGAGCGGCGCGCCCAGUACGUGCUGGAGGCGGCCGCCAGCGACCGCGGCACGCCGGCGCGCAACUCCACCGCGCAGGUCGUCAUCGACGUCACAGACGUCAACGACCACGAGCCCAAGUUCAACCAGACCGAGUACACGGCCAGCGUCAGCGAGGAGCUCCAGGUGGGCGCCACGGUGCUCCGGGUGCACGCCACCGACCGGGACGCCGGCCAGAACGCGGCCAUCGUGUACGACAUCACGUCCGGUAACGACCAUCAGGUGUUCACACUCGACCGCGACACGGGCGCCAUCCGGCUCCAGAAGCGGCUCGACUUCGACCGGCUGCCCGAGUACCGGUUCAUCGUGCGCGCCACCGACCGCGACCGUACCCGGCCGCUCUCCGCCCUGGCCACGGUACAUGUGCGGGUGCUGGAUGAGAACGACAACGCACCCAGCUUCCCGCAGCCGGUCUACUACGAGUUCGCCGCCGAGAACGAGCCGCCCGGCCAGCUGGUGUUCACGGCACACGCCAACGACGCCGACCGCGGCCGCUACGGCCGGCUCAACUACACGCUCAAGGACGGCGGCGGCUGGUUCCAGGUGGACCCCAGCUCCGGAGCCGUUACCACCGCCGCCUCGUUCGACUACGAGGCCAAGGAGGCGUACGCGUUCACCAUUUUCGCCACGGACCUGGGCGGGCGCACGGCCACCGCCCAGGUGCGUGUCACUGUGCGCGGCGUGGACGAGUUCGCGCCCGUGUUUGUCGAGUCGUCGUACCGGUUCCGCGCGCCGGCCGACGGGCAGCCCGGCCACGUGGUGGGUCGGGUGGCCGCCACCGACCGCGACCGCGGCGCCGACGGCGUCGUCGUCUACCACCUGCGCGCGCCGCACGACUUUUUCCGCGUCAACAAGACCAGUGGCGAGAUCGUGGUGCGCCGCAGCCUUGGAGAGCGGCGGCGGACCAAGCGCGACCUGGCCAGCGAGCGGCUCGAGGUCGUGGCAUCUAGCGGCCGGCCGGGAAGUCUGAGUGCGUUGGCUAGCGUCGAGGUGGUGCUGGACCCGGCGUUGAACGGCACGGGACUGCCCGCGACCGCCGGCAGCGGCGGCCUGGCCGACUGGGGCGUCGGACUGCUGGUGGCUAUCAUCCUCAUCGUGAUGGCGUUCGGCGCAGCGUUUGUGUUCCUGCACAUGCGGAACAGACGAAUGAGUAAACCCACCAUGGCUGACCACUUUGACACGUCGUUUGACACGGACAUCCGGACGGGCCCGGCGGCGGAUCUCAACUACCCGCCGCGGUACAGCGAGAUCCACCACCCGUACGACACUGCGGACCGUCCGGCCGGCCGGAACACCACCUCGGAGCUCUCCGAGCAGUCGCACCGCUCUGCCUCUUCCGGGCGCGGCUCGGCAGAGGACGGUGACGAGGACGAGGAGAUCAGGAUGAUCAACGAGGGGCCGCUGAUGCAGCAGAAGCUGCGCCAGCUGGCCGUGCCCGAGACGCCGCUGCACGAGGAGGAUAACCUGUCCGAGGCGAGCGCGCAGAACACCCAGGAGUACCUGGCGCGGCUGGGCAUCGACACCUCCCGCGCCGACUCGUCCCACAAGGGAUCGCAGAGUCUGCGCGCCGAUAGCAUCCACAUGUUCGACGAUGAGCGCGGGGCCGAGGACGGCGCCGUCGACCUCGGCAACCUGAUCUCGUCCAAGCUGACGGCGGUGGGCGCGGAGGAGAACGAGGCCAUCAUGGACGGCACGCGCGCGUUCGGCCUGGACGAGACGCAGCCGUCAAUGACCGGCUCGCUGAGCUCGAUCGUGCAUAGCGAGGAGGAGCUGACGGGCAGCUACAACUGGGACUACCUGCUCAACUGGGGGCCGCAGUACCAGCCGCUGGCGCACGUCUUCUCCGAGAUCGCGCGGCUCAAGGACGACAGCGCGCCCAGCCCGUACGCGGUGAGCGUGCCCAAGCCGCCGCCGCUGCUCACCAACGUGGCGCCGCGCUCGGUGGCGGCUCCGGUGGCGCCGCGCUCUAGUCUCAGCGGAGGCCUGGUGACGAUGCCCUCGCUCGCGCGCUCGCCCAUCUCGCACGACGUGUUCGCCGCGCAGGCCAUGUCGCCCUCCUUCUCCCCCGCCCUCAGCCCGCUGGCCACCCGGUCACCGUCCAUGUCGCCGCACGUGCCGCGAGGACUGGCCGGCGCGCCGGCGCACCACCGCUCCCACCUGAUGGCCGGCGCGUCAUCGAGUUCAGAGAGCGAGAUGAGGAUAUAGCGGCCGGCGGGCGCCACCGUCGCCUCAGCAGUAUUCCCAUGUGUUUGUGUCUCAUGUGCCACAUUGCGCCCUCAUAAUGUGAUAUAGUGUUACGGCGCACGCGCGCCACAUAUGCCAAAUGGAUCGAGCGACCAGUGUGAACACUUGUUGUUGUUUAUUGUCACUAUCAUCGGAGUUUGUGAAUCAAAACUCUACGUCGAAGUGUGUUGAUCAUUGAGGCGUGUGUGCAUGAAGUUUACAUUUUGUGCGAUUUUGUAUGCUGAUAAAAUACACAUGUCAAUUUAUA